CUUCAAUCGGUCUCUCAUCUCCCCGCCUUGGCUCUGCUUUGAUUCUCGAGAGCUGCACCAGUGAGCUCGCUCAAUAAUGCUCUUCCUGGCCAGAAGAGUCGCGGCACCUCGUAUCAUAUCUUGCAGUCGAUACACACCUCUCGCAUUCCGAUCGAACCUACAUUCUCGCUCGACAUUUUCGACCUCCUCACUGUGCUUUAAUUCUGAUUCAACCUCCCCACCUGUCCCUCAAGUAGACCUUCUCACAGACAUAAUACCUGUGAAGCUUUCCAGAGACCAACUGCUUAGACUGCAUAAGCUCUCAGCAUUGAAUGCUCCUCCUGAGGGCUCAGAGGAGGAAGCGAAAUUACUUGAUGGUCUAGGCGAGUUGAUUGGUCUCAUGGAGUUGGUCAAGAGUGUAGAGCUGGAAGGAGACGUCGGCGAGCUCCUAGCGGAAGGAGUAGGAGAAGUCGUCAUCGAUGGAUCAGAACCGCCUAAGCCGACAGACUCGUCCGAGGUUGCAUCUCAACCUGCUCCCUCGUUGUCGAAACCAAAGUCUGGAAGAGAGUUACUCGGCUGGGCCACACGAAAAGUUGGCGACUUUUACGCCCAUCGCAUCGAGACGAGAGAGUAGUGAUACUCAAGCAAGCUGCACGCAGUUGGAGGAUCUCAGCCGACACUCUUGGUUUAAACUUGCCGUCCCCCUUCCGGCUUUCCAGG